AUUUUACGUCCACUAUUAAAUCUUCCGGAACUUCAACUAUUUGAAUUCAAAGGUUAUGACUGAGAGAUUAGAGUAUUGACUUGGUAAGAUUGGGGUCCUUAUUUCUAACUUCCAUUACACGUCCUAAUGCAUUCAAACAACAAGGAUGAUUUACCUUUCUUCAUCACAAGGAGAGAGGAGGAACUGAAAGUUUCUAUCAUCCAAAAAAUGGCAUUUAUGAUUCUGUUUCUUCUUCUUCUUCUUCUAAGUUGUAUACUUAGCACAGCAAAUGCUCAACCAAGAAAUUCUAGCAUCAGCCCUGGUUCUUCUCUUUCACCCAAUAACAAUUCUUAUUGGCUAUCAGAGUCUGGCCAGUUCGCCUUUGGUUUCUAUCCGUAUGGCAAUGGCUUCUCUGUGGGCAUUUGGUUUGAAAAUAUCCAGCAGAAAACAGUUGUAUGGACGGCUAACCGAGAUGACCCACCGUUCCCCAGUGAUGUCCAAUUGCUUUUAAGCACUCAAGGUAGGCUUAUUGUGAGAUCAAAGGAAGGCCAAGAUCUGGUCAUCGCAAAUACUUCUGAUCAAUUAGCAUCGUCAGCCGCCAUGCUCGACUCUGGUAACUUUGUUCUCUUCAAUUGGAGUUCAGGGAUCAUAUGGCAGACUUUCGACUUCCCGACAGACACCAUUUUACCUAAUCAACGUCUGGUGCCGCCCAACAAGCUGGUUUCCAACGUCUCCGAGACAAAUCAUACAAGUGGGAAAUUUGUAAUUGUUAUGCAAACAGAUGGGAACCUGGUGCAAUACCAUGUAGAAGAAGCAAAUGCGAACACUGCUUACUGGUAUACAAAAACAUAUGAAGCCGGAAAUGGUGUGACCUUGAAUUUUAACAUCCAUGGUCAACUAUACCUGCUAAAUGCCAGCGGAUCCAACAUAAAAAAUAUUUCGGACAAGGCGAGUGUACUAAAAGCAGCGUACCGAGCUACAAUUGAUGCCGAUGGAAUUUUCCGAUUGUAUUCACAUACCCUGAAUCAAUCUGAUAAUUGGUCAAUCGAAUGGUCGUCCCUAGAUGAUAAAUGCAGUCCAACAGGCUUGUGCGGCCUGAAUAGCUACUGUAAUCUAAUCUAUAGUGAUCCUGUAUGCCAAUGCCCAAGUGGCUUUGAUUAUAUAGACCGAAGUCAGAAGAAUUUGGGAUGCAGGAGAAAUAGCAGUGUUGAUGCUUGCACGACCAAGGGUGAGCCUAGUUUUGAUGUUCAUGAGCUGAUCGAUGUAUUAUGGUAUGCUGAUGCAUAUUCUACUCUCUCAUCAAUAGAGAAAAAUGCUUGCAAAGAGGAAUGUUUUAGAGAUUGUAACUGUGAAGCUGCCUUGUAUGAAAAUGGAAAUUGCAAAAAGCUGAAGCUGCCAUUAAGAUUUGGGAAAAGAAAAUCAACUAUUGGAGCGACAAGUUUUCUGAAGAUUGGUGCACAGAGAGGGAAAAGAAAGCGUAGGGAGCUGAGAAUGGACAUCUUCAUUUCUAGUAUUGCGUGUUCGACACUUUCAUUUCUUGUUCUAGCAGCUGCCGGUGUUCUCAUACAUAGAUCUCGCAUUCGGAAGUACAAAAGGAUUGUCAAUAUGGGAAAUGUUGGAUUUGUGGAAGAUGUUACUUUGAGAUCAUUUACAUACAACGAGCUCAAAGUUGCAACUAAUAAUUUCAAGGAUGAACUCGGUAAAGGUGCUUAUGGGACAGUUUUCAGAGGAGUCAUUUCCAAAGGCAAGAGAGUCGUAGCCAUCAAGAGACUAGAAAAAGUGGUGGAUGAAGGAGAAAGAGAUUUCAGAAAUGAAAUGAAAGCAAUUGGGAAAACUCAUCACAAGAACCUAGUGCAAUUGCUUGGUUACUGCUAUGAUGGGACUAACAGGCUUCUGGUGUACGAGUACAUGAAAAAUGGCUCACUUGCAGAUUUUCUCUUCAAAUCGAAAUUAAGGGUAAAUUGGGAGGGAAGAAUUGAAAUAGUGUUGAACAUAGCCGGAGGAAUUUUCUACUUGCACGAAGAGUGCGAAACUCAGAUCAUCCACUGCGACAUCAAACCUGAAAAUAUCCUGAUGGACGACAAAGGGUAUGCAAAAAUUGCAGAUUUUGGAUUAGCAAAGCUAUUGAUGCCCAGCCAAACCAGGACAUACACAGGAAUCAGAGGAACAAGGGGAUAUGUUGCCCCUGAGUGGCAUUCUAACUUGCCUAUAACAGUGAAAGUAGAUGUAUAUAGCUUCGGAAUAAUGUUGUUUGAGAUCAUUUGUUGUCGAAGGAAGGUGGAGGCGGAUGUUCCAGAGAAUGAAGCAGUUCUUGCAAACUGGGUCUACGAUUGUUUCAAGGCUAAUGAACUGGAGAAGCUGGUGCGAAAUGAAGAAGUGGAGAGGUGUAAGAUUGAGAGGAUGGUUAAGGUGGGGCUAUGGUGCGCCCAAGAUGAACCAUCAUCUCGACCGUCAAUGAAAAAGGUUAUGUUGAUGCUGGAAGGGACUGUUAACGUGCCAGACCCUCCACUUCUUAGUUCCUUUGUAAGUUCCCCAUAGGCCAUUCCUGACCCUUCCAUUGCAACUAUUGAUUGAUUAAAUAAUUAGUUUGCUGUUAGCUUUUGGUACUAUUUUUUUUUAUCAAUUUUUUCCCGCAGUGUUUUUCUAAUCCUUGCAUCCAUUAUACGAUGGCCAUGUGUAGUCUUAUGGGCGUAGGCUUGGGUCGAGCAUGACCUGGCAUCACUAGUACUUAUG